AAAAAUGGCAGAAAGAGACUUCCAAUGUUACAAUAUCUGGAACAGAAACAGACGCCAUAAUAUCUGGCCUUAAGCCGGCCAGUGUUUACAACCUUCGAGUACUAGCUAAAAACGGACUGGGUAUUAGUGACCCGAGCACGGAUGUAGAAGCCAAGACCGAAGAAGAAGCACCAGAGGGCCCUCCAAUGAAAGUCCGUGGUGAAGCAACGAGCUCGAAGUCUUUGAAGAUUACAUGGAAGCCACCCAAUCAGAAAUUACAGCACGGUAUCCUGUUAGGCUACUAUGUAGGUUACAAGAAAGCGUCUUCGUCAGAUGGGUAUGUGUACAAAUCUUUGGAAAUCCAGCCAGGUUUUAAAGAAGAGUGUCAUCUGAGCGGACUAAGCCGGUUCACCAAAUAUAACAUUAUAGUGCAGGCACAUAACAGCAAAGGAUCUGGUCCUCCUUCGGAAGAAUUGCUGUUACAAACUUUAGAAAGUGAUCCACCGAUCACACCACAACUAAGAGUUGCGACAAGUACAUCCAGUUCUAUUACGUUAACUUGGAACCCAGUUGCUCCUGAUGGAAACCCAAUCACGGGUAUGUUUCACGUGUUCAGUUUUUGAUAUU